AUGAUUGGAAUAUAUCGCCUGGGAUUAUAUUUAUUAUUAUUCGAAAGCUGCAUUGGCAAUUAUGCCAGAUGGAACGUACAAUUGUUAUGUCCAGAUCUAUAUCAACGAGUGUUCACAAGUUAUUUACCUCGUGGAAAUUUGACUGGUGGAACUUAUACAAAACAAACUCACUUGUCCAACUUGGAAGACUGUGCUAUGGCCUGUUGCAAAAAACCCUUGUGUAAUGUAGCAUUUAUGUACAAUGAUACAUGUUAUCAUGUAGAAUGCAAGAGCUCCAUGGUAUGUGUACCGCUAUAUAGACCCGAAUUAGCAAAUGAUAAUCCACCGAGCAUGAUAUUGGUUAGACCUGUAGAAAGUAACAAAGUAUGGAGUGAUAUAUUAGAUCAAGUCAGUGAAGAUACUGCUGGAACAUUCAGUACAGACGGCACAGAGCAAGAUCAAGUACUGUUUAACGAAGCAAGUAGAAUCAAUAUUAUCAAUUGUAUGGAUCAAUCAGGUUGCCUAGAUAACGAAAUUUGCGUAAAACAUGGAGAUACCGAUGUUGGAACUUGUCAAUGUCCUUUAGACUUUAAGCGGAAUAUUGCUGGUACUUGUACAAUGACAGAUGAGAUAGACACUGGUGAGCUCGGUGUAACACAACAAAUAAAAGUUGCAACUAUAAAAGAAACCAGCACGUUAAUUAAGCCGACUAUGAAGCAAUUAGUAGUCUCAGCAAUUUCUAAAGAAGUGAGAUUACCAGAAAAUGAAGCUACGUUGUCCGCGUAUACUGUCCCUGCUGAACGGGGCCAUCAACAUUAUAAUUACGUUUGGAGUUUGCUUAGUCAACCAGAAGGACACACUGGAACAAUGACAGAUCAAAAUCGUGGUACUGUUAAAUUAAGUAAUUUAUCAGAAGGCUUAUAUACGUUUAAGGUAGCUGUAAGCAGUCCGAAUGCUUAUGGAGAAGCUUAUGCCAAUGUCAGCGUUUUACCUCCAAAACGUAUCAAUCAAGCACCAAUUGCCAUAAUUACUCCUGCUUCGCAAAUUGUAAAACUACCAAAUACAGGCGCGGUCUUAGAUGGUUCGAAUAGUAAAGAUGAUGAUCGUGUUAUCUCUUAUCAUUGGGAACUGCAACAAGGCCCAAUUGGAUAUCAGCCUAACCUUGUGGAUACACCCACACUUCAAUUAAAUAAUCUUAUUGCUGGCAAUUACACAUUCAAAUUAACAGUUGAAGAUUCAAAUCACGUUACAAAUUCGACAAGUGCCAAUAUAACUGUCUUGAAAGUAAUCGACUAUCCCCCGAGUGCAAACGCAGGCCAAGACGUUAUCAUUUAUCUACCUCAAAAUACAUUGACACUUAAUGGUAAUUUAAGUACUGACGAUCGAGGAAUAGCCAGUUGGGAGUGGACCAAAAGUCCAUCUGAUCAGAAUAAAGCAGUGGAUAUGCAGAACACAAGAACACCUUACUUACAAUUAUCUAACUUGGAGGAAGGAAUGUAUACAUUUGUACUUAAAGUAACAGACGAUUCCGAGCAAUCUUCCACAGCGGAAGUGCAUGUCUUUGUGAAACCUCCAACGAAUAAACCACCAAAGGCCAAUGCUGGUGAUGAUAUAAGCAUAGCAUUACCGACAACCCGCGCUGUUCUGAAUGGCACAAGAAGUAAGGAUGAUAUAAAAAUUGUCUUGUAUCAUUGGGAGCAAGUAAGCGGGCCUAAUAACGCUGAAUUUGCUACAGUUAAUGAAUCCGUCACAAAUAUUGCAAAACUAACUAAAGGUGAUUAUAUAUUUAAAUUGACUGUUGUUGAUGAUAAUGGAAACGCGGAUUCGGAUACGGUUAAUGUGAAGGUAACACAAAAUAAAAAUGCACCUCCAAAAGCGAAUGCUGGUGGCGAUCAAGUUGUAACGGCACCGAUCAGCGCGUUAAUAAUCAAUGGCUCGCAGUCGAGCGAUGAUUUAAGGAUAGGACAAUGGCUGUGGACCAGAGAUCAAUCUAGUCUUGCGAUUGGCACUAUAAUUCAAAAUACGGAUAAAUCACCUGUCUUAAUGUUAACAGAUAUAGUUCCUGGGCGUUAUGUCUUUCGAUUAAAAGUAAUGGAUGAUCAAGGUCUGAGCAGUGAAGACACCGUGUCAGUAAUUGUGAAACCUGAUCCGCAGUUGUUGUAUUUGGUAGAAUUAACACUAAACAUUGGGGCUAGCAUGUUAACUGUUUCACAGAAAAAUUCGUUGGUAGUGAAACUGCAGAUGUUAUUGCGAGACGAAGCUUCAAUUGUUGUGCGAAAUUUGAGAGCGGAACCACAUACUGGAAAAGCCGUUUUAAUAUUUUAUGUGGAAAAAAAGGGAGGAAAAACAAUAUUACCAGGUCCAGAAGUAGUCAAGAGACUAAAAGAAAAGUUAUUACAAGAUUCCGGUCUUUUACAACUAUCGGUUGCUAAUAUAGAUACCGCUGUAUGCCAAAAUAAUUGUUCAGGUCAUGGUGUAUGUGAUCAAGAGACAAGGCAAUGCUUGUGUGAAGCAUUUUGGAUGCAGAAUUUAAUACAAAAGUAUUUUGGUAAUGGAGACUCUAAUUGUGAUUGGAGCAUUUUAUAUGUAAUAAUAGCAUUGCUAUCAUUGGUUAUAUGCUGGGUUGGAUUUAUUUGGGGUCUUGUUUGCUUGUGUCAAAGAAUAUGCGCUAGUAAAAGACGUUUGCUUCGGCCUAAGAAGAAGCCACCACGUUAUUCUUUGUUACAGCCAGAGCCAGAAGAUGAUAGCAGUGCAUUUUCAACUCAUAACAAGAUGGUGUUAUCAGAAUCUGACACAGAUUCUGAUGAUAUUUUGUUUGAACAUCGUAAGAGUAAAAGUGGUAGUCAUAUAAGAAAUGGUAAAUCUCGGAAUGGAUUUAUCAAAGUCGGUCCUCGAGUAAAAACAUGAGAAAUGCAACGAUAGUGGUACAAAUAUAAAUAGCGCACAGUUGUGUCAGUUUGGCCAAAUUUGAAAUACUAGUCAUGAAGGUGUCAGUUGACAUAUGACCUUAUGAGAAUGGUCGCCUUCAGAGUCUGUAUUGAUAACAAUGUUCUAAGAAGGUAGAUAGAUUUUAAGCAUUAUUUAUAGAUAUAUACGAUAAUAAUAAUGUCACAUUACUUAAUUCGUCUUAAGUAUUAUUAAUUAAUUUUAUUCUGUACUUAUCAUGUGAUCCUAACUGCGCCAACGAUUGCUGAUGCAAUAAAAGUAGCGUCAUGUAAUCGUCAAUCUAUUUGAGAGCUUGUCUAAGUAUUAUUAUGGCCUUAGAAAGUAUUUCAAUUAAAAAGUUGAUAUGUAUAGUAAUACUGUAUGAGGUCUGUAUGUCAUUUAUAUGUACUGCUUACUCUUUAAUAUACAUUGCCGAUCUUAUU